AAAUAACCGAAGUAUAUCAAAUAAAUUGUUUACAAAUGGCGACGAAAGUGAGAUGAGCGCAGGCCAGCUUAUUUAUUAGUAUAUUAGGAAAAAAUGUCAUCGCAAGUGGAGACUACUGGUGUAAAUAAUGCUGUUGAACAUUUACAAGAGCUAGGUGAUCGGAUGAGACAUGAUUUUGGUUUUAGUGAGACAGAUGUAUGUAAUAUAGAUAAAGUGAUUGAAGCACUUAAGGAACUGGAAAUAUUACGGUCUGAGGCACAUGACAGGUUGGAAGCCGAGACUAUCCGUGCCAGUAUACAGAGACAUACACUGCAGUUUCUACCAGGACGGAUCACCCAAGAAAUCACAGAUGCUAUUAACUCUGCCAAAAAAUCAAAUGCUGAUGCCAUAGAAUACCUGAAGAAUCAAUUGGAGAAAGUCAACAAAAACAUAGUCUACCUCGAGGGUUACCAGAAACAGCUUGAUGAAGAAAAUGCACAACUACAUCCGGAGAGAGAACAAGUUAGACAACAACAUGAGGAGAUCAUCUCACAGCUUAACCAAAGAAUGGCUGAGAAAGCCAGCAUGCAGAUUCACCUAAAUGAGACUAGAGACCAAGUUAGACAGACAAAUCAAGAUAUUGUAGAUUUAGAAGAUGGUAUUCUUCAACUCAAGGAAGAUUUAAUACACGAAAGAGGGGAGGCAAGAUCAGAGAAAAGACAGUUGAAGAAGGCUGUGGCAAGUACAACAGACAAAACAAAGGAACAAAAACUUUUAAAUGUUGAAAAGAAAAAAGAUUUGGAUGCAUUGCAUGAAAAGUUAGUAGAUAGUGAAGGAAAACUUGAUGCCUUGAGAAAGAGUUUACGUAGAUUUGAGACAUCAAAGGCCAAGCUUGAAGGUCAGGAAAGAGCUUUGACUGCUCAGUUACAGAAACAACUCAAACAAAAUGAAGAAUUAAGACAGAAAGGAGCUUCAAUUUUAGCUGAAGAUGCUAGAUUACAGAAAGAAUUUAUAGAAAAUGAGAAACAACUAACAAGUAAACUAAAAAGGGUAGGAUUCUACUUUAUAUCUGUACUUCAUAUAUAUCAGACUUCUGUGUUAUUAUCAGAAUAUUUCUGUUGCUGGAAAGGUUUUGCAGAAGAAUUGGAACAGAUGAUGGAUGUCAGGAGUGAUGAUGCUGAGAGGGUAGCAGCCCUUGAUGCUCAAUUACAAGCAGAGAAACGUAACUUGUCAUCAAAGGCAGAGGAAGUAGGUGAAAUGCAAGGCCAGAACUCUAAAAUGUUAGAGGAUAUAGAAACUCUUGGAGAAACACACAAGGCUGUAAUGGCUCAGCUGAAUAAACAAGUGGAAGAGUACAGGGAGCAGCUGGCCAAGGAGAGGAAAGAAAGGCUUGAGGUACAACAGAGGAAGAAUUCUGUUUCUAAAGAACUAGAGGAUUACAAGGCAGACAAUCAUAAAUUUAUGCAGGAGAUGAACACCACUAUUACACAGGGAAAACAGGACCAUAUAACACUUUCUAAUGAGGGGGCCCAGUUACAGAGAGAAUUACGUGCAGAUGAUGAUGAGAUUAAAGAUUUAGAAGAUCAACUUGAAAAAGAACAAGAGAAGUAUCAAAAGUCUUUUACUAAGCGCCAAAAUGAAGUGGAUUCAAUGGAGAGAGAAGUGAUAGAAAUGGAAAAUAACAUAGCUGAGAAAAAUCAGAAGAUUGAUGAUUUCACGCCUGGUUUCGAGGAUUUAGAAAAACGGUUUGAAGAGCGAACUGAGGCUUAUGAUGCCCAGAAGAAAAGCAUAGUUGAACUGAAGACUAAAAAAUCACAGCAAGAGGAGAAAAUUCGCAAAUCAAAGGAAAAGAAAGACAGAAUGACAGGGCCUCAGGAGAAGUUGCGUCAUGAUCUAAAGCAGAAGAGACAUGAGGUGAUAUUCCAGCUGAAACAUCAUGGCGAGGAGACCAAGAAAAUAGAGUCAGAGAUCUAUGUGGGCGGUUGUAAAUUGAAAACUGUCCUUGAUGAAAAUCAUAAAUUAGAUGAGGGAUGUAAGGAAUUCACAGCAGAAAUAGAUGACAUACAUUAUCAAAUGGAAUAUAAUGAGAGACUCAAGGCAAGACUUCUGCAAGAACUCCUUAAUACCAAAGGUGUGUUAGAAAAGACAUGGCAGGAGGACCAAGACACACAGCAGAAAUUUACAGACAGAGAUCAAGGUGUUGUAGAUGAGCUGGGUAAUUUGCUGGACAGGACAUCAAAACGAGAGGAGAAAAUAUCGCACAUAACCAGCCAGCUUGAGGUGGAGCUAGGUUAUCUGACCUCAUUCCUGGACAACCUUGCUAGUAGGAGGCCAAAAGACUCGUAUUUGAGUCAGUGUCGUACCCCAACUCCAGGAACCCCUAGCACUGCUGCUGGGAAAAAACCAUUGAGUUUCAGGUUAAGAAUUUCAGUGGAUGAGGACUCCCGGGGAAGCAGCCGACUUUCGAGUCGGGAAGGCGGUCUCAGUCGACUCAGCACCCGAAGUCAAACCUUGCUGGACAUGGUCAACGAGGCAAACAAGGCAGAGAGUCAUAAAUCUUCAAGACCAACUACAUCUAAAAGUAUUCGAAGUACAAGAAGUGCAAAAAGUGUCGUCAUUGCAGAAGAAGUAACAGAAAUUCAAACUGGCCCAAAUGCUGUAACAAAAUCUUUAACAAAGUUAUCUUAAGCUGACAGCCCUUCAGACAAUUAUAUGUUAUGAUUUAUUAUUUAAAUCAUAUAUUUUAAUCUGUCAGUGGGACAAAGGAAAUUGAAUAACUUUUUAAGUAUAAUAGUAUUAUUUAUGUAAAAUUCCACUUCUUAAAAUUGAAAGCACUGUAUAUUUGUCUUGCAUUUAAAUGAUUUUAGUUUCCUUGACUGUGAUAUUCUUCUUUUUUUUUUAAAUAAAUUUUAUGAAGAAA